AUGGUGGUGGCGCAGGUCACCCGGGAGAGCGUGCAGCAGGCCAUCACCAGCGGCAUUACGCCCCAGCAGAUCAUCCAUUUCCUAAGGACAAGGGCCCACCCAGUGAUGCUUAAACAGACACCUGUGCUGCCGCCCACCAUCACAGACCAGAUUCGGCUGUGGGAGCUGGAAAGGGACAGACUCCGCUUCACCGAGGGCGUCCUGUAUAACCAGUUCCUGUCGCAAGUGGACUUUGAGCUGCUGCUGCAGCCUUUGCCACAAGCUGCUGUGGCCCUGUGGGUCAAGAAGGAAUUCAGCAAAGCUCAGGAGGAAAGUACAGGGCUGCUGAGCAGCCUCCGGAUCUGGCACACGCAGCUGCUUCCUGGUGGUCUCCAGGGCCUCAUCCUCAACCCCGUCUUCCGCCAGAACCUCCGCACUGCGCUUCUGGGUGGGGGCAAGGCCUGGUCUGAUGACACAAGUCAGCUGGGACCAGACAAGUAUGCCCGGGAUGUCCCCUCACUGGAUAAGUACGCCGAGGAGCGAUGGGAGGUGGUCCUGCACUUCAUGGUGGGCUCCCCCAGUGCAGCCGUCAGCCAGGACUUGGCUCAGCUCCUCAGCCAGGCGGGGCUUAUGAAGAGUGCUGAGCCUGGAGAGCCGCCCUGCAUCACCUCUGCUGGCUUCCAGUUCCUGUUGCUGGACACCCCCGCCCAGCUCUGGUACUUCAUGCUGCAGUACCUGCAGAUGGCCCAGAGUCGGGGCAUGGACCUAGUGGAGAUCCUCUCCUUCCUCUUCCAGCUCAGCUUCUCUACUCUGGGCAAGGACUACUCUGUGGAAGGUAUGAGUGAUUCUCUGUUGAACUUCCUGCAGCAUCUGCGUGAGUUUGGGCUUGUUUUCCAGAGGAAGAGGAAGUCUCGGCGGUACUACCCCACGCGCCUGGCCAUCAAUCUCUUAUCGGGUGUUUCUGGGGCGGGGGGCACUGCGCAUCAGCCAGGCUUCAUUGUCGUGGAAACCAAUUACCGGCUGUACGCCUGCACAGAGUCGGAGCUGCAGAUCGCCCUCAUUGCCCUCUUCUCUGAGAUGCUCUAUCGCUUCCCCAGCAUGGUGGUGGCGCAGGUCACCCGGGAGAGCGUGCAGCAGGCCAUCACCAGCGGCAUUACGCCCCAGCAGAUCAUCCAUUUCCUAAGGACAAGGGCCCACCCAGUGAUGCUUAAACAGACACCUGUGCUGCCGCCCACCAUCACAGACCAGAUUCGGCUGUGGGAGCUGGAAAGGGACAGACUCCGCUUCACCGAGGGCGUCCUGUAUAACCAGUUCCUGUCGCAAGUGGACUUUGAGCUGCUGCUGGCCCACGCACGGGAGCUGGGCGUGCUGGUGUUCGAGAACGCGGCCAAGCGGCUCAUGGUGGUGACGCCUGCGGGGCACCGUGACGUCAAGCGCUUCUGGAAGUGGCAGAAGCACAGCUCCUGACAUGGGCACCGGGCGACGCCCCGGGGACAUGGGGGGACUGCACGUGGGGACGCUGCUGUUCAAUAAAGUCGGAAAGCGCUCAAAA